AUGAGAGUAACGGUUGUUUUCAACGACCUGAUUUGUUCUCAAGAUGUUACUGAAGACCUGGAAUUGGAAGGUUUUGUGGCUUUGCUGAAGGAUGAAUGGCCAAGUUUGGCUCAAGCUACUGAAAAACUGAACUUUUUGUUCUUCAAUGAUCAUAUCAGAGUGCCAGUUUUGCCAACGGAAUUGAAAAAAACUUUGAAGGUAAGGUUUAUUGUUUUUGGUUGGUUUUUAGGUAUAAAUAAUGGCUCUGAAUAUUGUUUUAGACAUUACUUUAAUCUAAAGUUAUAUUUCUGGGUUGUUGAUCUCGAAACAGUGUAUUUCACCACUUGAAAAAUAAAGAAAAAUUAACACAAUUGAUUUUUUAUCUUAUAAUGAAGCUUUAACUAUUUUUAUGUGAAAGUUAAUUGAUAAUUAUUGAUUUUAAGGACUUGGGCUUUCAAAGCGAUGAAGUAGUGAACCUGAUGGCAGCUCCCAAGCUCUCUGAACCUGCGGCUCAAGAUCAACAAAGGUUUCAUCAGUUGCCUCAGUCUUCUCGUGCACCUCAAGCAGCUCCAGCUGUUUCAGGGCUUGACCUUAGGAAUCUUAUUUCUCAGAUCAAGGUACCUAAAAAGCAUGCUGUUCCCGCGAAGACAAGUGUCUAUGACAAUCCAAAUGACAUCAAGGUGUUUGCCAAGAGAAUUUGGGACACAAUUAAAGCGAAUCCUGACGCCAUUAGAAGCUUCAAACUGACUGCACCUAACAUUGCCAAUGCUUAUCAAAGCAAUCCUAAUGAUUUCGGUAAGGUUUUUAGGGCGAUAUUUAAGUAAAAAAUAAGAUAAAACCGGUGAAUAUAUUUAAGACUGCAGUAAUGUUAAUGCAAAAACACAUCUUAGUACUAAAUAUUAUCUUUCAGAAUCAUUUUUGGCCGCGGUUCGAGAAACAAUGGCCGAACGAAAGCGAUUGGAGACUGCUUUGAAGGAUGAGAUGAGCGCGGAUGCACAGCGUUACAUCGCUCAGCAAAUCAAGAUUCAAAACAUUGAAGAACAGUACAAGUACGCUCUGGAACAUCUUCCAGAAGCUUACAUUCCAGUCAAGUUGCUACAUAUUCUAGUCAAGAUCAAUGGAGUUGAAGUUUUGGCCAUGGUCGAUUCUGGUGAGUAAUAUAUUAUUUUUUGAUAUAAAGCGGUUCUUACGGAAUUUUGGUGUUAAUUUUAAGUUGAUUUUAAAGCUUUUGUAAGGUAUCUUUCAUUAAAGGUAUCUAUAUUAAACUAUCCUUUUUUAAGAGAUGUUCAAGGUGCCACUCUUAGUGAUGUCGUUUUAGCUUUCUUUGUAUUCUAAAGCUAUAUAAUGAUUUUUCUAAAAAAAAUCUUAUUUUAGGUGCCCAAAACUCGAUUCUCUCUCCAUCCAUCGCCAAGAAAUGUAAUGUCUACGAGUUUGUGGAUGAACGUUUCUUCUCAAGAGCCAAUGGAAUAGGUGGCGACAGUAAGAUUUUGGGUAGAAUUCAUGGAUGCAAGAUGCAGAUCGGCUCUUCAUAUACAACAUGUUCAUUCGAUGUGCUGGAGGAACAAAAGGUCGAGAUUCUGCUUGGACUGUCGUUCUUGAGACCAAAUCAAUGUAUCAUCGAUCUGAGAAGAAAUGUCAUGGUACUUGGAGACGACACUGAAGUACCAUUUUUGGGAGAAGAAGAGUACAAGAGAGAAGUGGUGCGAUUGGGGCAUGUGGACUGUAGGUUUUUGCUUUUUUGUAUUGUUUAGGUUUAUUUAAUACCUAAAAAUUAGCUAAAAAUGAAAUUUGAAAUUAAGAUAAGCUAAGGAUGUAUAUAAACCUUUUUUAGUACACGCCAGCCCUCCACGUGCCUCAGAAGCACCAUCGACGUCAAAAGCUUCAGCAGAUUCAGAAGUCGAUUCAGCCAAACUGGCGGAAUUGAUUGGAAUGGGGGUGGAUGCUGACAAGGCUACGGUUGCUCUGAAGAAGUUCAACAACAACCUUCAACAAGCCAUCGAUGCUCUCUUCGACGAGCCAAUGCAACAAUAA